AUGUCAGAAGAAAAAAUUAUUUUAAACAUUGGAGACAUAAAGUAUGAAACUCUUCGAUCAACGCUUAUUGCUCAACCAGAAACAUUACUUGGAACAAUGUUUCAAGAUCAAAAUGAAUUUAUUAAAAAUUCGAUUAAUGGAAAUGAAUAUUUUUUUAAUCGUAAUGGUGAAGCAUUUUACUAUAUAAUGGAAUUUUAUCGAACUGGAAAGCUUUUAUGGCCUACUAAAACUAAGGAUUCACGAGUCACUUAUCAACAGCUUAAAGAAGAAAUUGAUUAUUUUCGAAUUAAUAAAUCAAAAGUAUUUUUUUUAUUGGCAUCAGAAACUGCUAUAAGUGCAAUUGACCAAUUCACUUCAAUCCUUGAACAAUUAAUUAUUAGUAAUUAUGUAAGCUUUAACAAUGAAAUUUUUUUAAAGGUUAGUAAUAAUAAUAUAUUAAAUAGCCUUAACCAAUUUAGAGAAUUUAGAGGAUGUGCUUUUGAUAUCCUGCAUACUAUGGAAAAACAAAUUGAAAAGCAUUUAGUUGAAACUUUUUCUGAAUUAGAAUUAAAAUGGAAAUGUCAAAGAGAAUGUAGUUAUUCUUAUAAUUCUCAUGAAUGUCCGUUCUUUGAGAUCAAAAUCAACUUUUCUUCUCCGGUUGAUAAACUAUUAAAAUCUGAGAAUGUUAAAGCCCAAAUUGCAUUUACUCAAGUUCCAGUAAACACAUCAGAAGAAAAGAUUGUUCUAAAUGUUGGAGGAAAAAAGUAUCUUUUACCACAACCAGAAACUUUACUUGGAGCGAUGUUUCAAGAUCGGAACAAAUGCAUGAGACAUCCAAUUAAUGGAAAUGAAUAUUUUUUUGAUCGUAAUAGUGAAGCAUUUUAUUAUAUUAUGGAGUUUUAUCGAACUGGAAAGCUUACAUGGCCAACUGAAUCAGAAAAAGUUACUUGUGAACAACUUGAAGUAGAACUUGAUUACUUUCAAAUUCCUUUUAAUAAAUCAAAAGUACUUUGUUCAUCGGCUUUUGAAACUGUUAGAAAUAAUUAUAAUAACCUCCUUUUAAGUUUUGAAGAAUUAAUUAUUCGUUGUUGUAAUUGUUUUAGAAAUCAUAUUAAAUUAGAAAUUAGACGUGAUGGUAUUCGUAUUGUUGAUAAUAAUAAGUCAUCAGAUAAUAAGCAUUACUAUUAUUUACAAGAUUUACAAAAGUUUUGUUUAUCUAAAUUUAAGAACUCUAAUGCUUAUUAUCCUACUUUAGAUAAUAUGGAAAAGCAAAUUGGAGAUUAUUUAAUGGAAAUGUUUUCAGAUUUAGAGUUGGAAUGGGAAUUCAGUCGAGCUCAAGAUCAUUCGAAACUUUAUAUCUCUAUCUCUUUUUCAUUCGAAAAUAUUAUAAAAAUUUUAAAUGAAAGGUAA